ACCAGUUAUAGUCACCCAGGAAGGUGAAGAAGAGUUCGAAGUCGAACAAGUGGUGGAUGCACGCUUGAAGCGUGGCAAAUUAGAGUUCCUAGUCCUAUGGAAGGGCUAUGGAGACGAGGACAGAAAGUGGGAACCAGAAGCCCAUCUGGACAAUUCUCGCAAUGCUGUUCGCAAAUUUUAUUCUAAGAAUCCCUCAGCUCCUAGGAAGCUUAGAGGCAUGGAUUCAAAUCUUUUUAAUUCUCUUUUUCAACCUAUGCCCGAAAAUUUUACCACUACCUCCGGUAUUUGGUCUCGCCUGGAAGUCGAGCCUUAGAAGGGGGGUAGUGUUACGAUAACACAUUUUAUUCUCCGCUUUAACCUU